AACGAGGUAGUCCCAGUCAGCAGCCGUGCUACAACUUCAUUUUAUUGUGACCGGCACCAGCACUUAAUCCAGGGCGAACAGCAGGGUAUAGCUUACAACAACAAACAGUCAAUAUGCCACCUAAGAAGCACGAUGAACCUGAACGCAAGCCAUUGAUCGGACGCAUUGGCACUAACCUGCGCAUCGGCAUUGUUGGCGUGCCCAACGUUGGCAAGUCAACGUUCUUUAACGUGCUGACCCAAAGCGCCGCUCCAGCUGAGAAUUUCCCCUUCUGCACCAUUAAGCCCAAUGAGAGUCGGGUGAUCGUGCCCGACGAGCGCUUCGACUACCUUGUGGAGUUUCACAAGCCAGCCAGUGUUGUGCCCGCUUAUCUAAAUGUGGUAGAUAUUGCUGGACUGGUCAAGGGCGCCGCCGAGGGACAGGGUUUGGGUAAUGACUUUCUUUCGCACAUCAGUGCUUGUGACGCCAUUUUCCAUUUGUGCCGCGCCUUUGAGGAUCCGGACGUGACGCAUGUAGAGGGAGAGGUUGAUCCUGUGCGCGAUUUGGAAAUCAUUUCUGAGGAACUUCGUCUGAAGGAUGAAGAAAAACUGCUGCAGAGCCUUGACAAGUUGGAGAAGGUUGUAGCUCGAGGUGGCGACAAAAAGCUUAAGCCCGAAUAUGACUCCAUGCUGAAAAUCAAGGACAUAUUGAUUGAUCAGAAGCGUCAUUUGCGCUUUGAGGACUGGAAUGCGCACGAUAUUGAAACUUUGAACAAAUAUUUGUUUUUGACCUCCAAGCCAGCCAUUUAUCUGGUCAACCUUUCCGACAAAGAUUUUAUCCGCAAAAAAAACAAAUGGCUGCCCAAGAUUAAGGAUUGGAUUGAUAAGAACGACCCGGGCGCGUUACUGAUACCCUUCUCAGGUGCAUUCGAGCUGCAGCUUAGUGAAAAGGAUGAUUUAGAGCGCAAGGCCUACGAAGAGGAGACCAAAUGCAAAAGUCAGCUGGACAAGAUCAUUAUUACUGGUUACAAGGCCUUGCAGCUGGAAUAUUUCUUUACUGCCGGCCCCGAUGAGGUCAAGGCUUGGACGGUCCAAAAGGGCACAAAGGCGCCACAGGCCGCUGGACGUAUACACACUGAUUUUGAGAAGGGCUUCAUUAUGGCCGAAGUGAUGCACUUCGAAGAUUUUAAAGCGGAGGGCAGUGAGGUAGCUGCUAAGGCGGCCGGCAAAUAUCGCCAGCAAGGGCGCAACUAUACCGUGGAAGACGGCGAUAUAAUUUUCUUCAAAUUCAACGCCGGCGCUGGUCUUAAGGAUGCCAAGAAAAAAUGAUAUCGUAUGGCCACUUAGAUAAUCAUGUUGACUAUCUCGUACAUUUAAUUUUAUAUUCACAACUGUUUGCUUUUCCUGAUGCCAGAUGCCCGUUUCACAUACAUACAUGUCCCAAGUAAAAAUGCAUUUGAUUUUUGUAUGACAAAAA